UUUAAUUUCUGCUCAGCCAAUGGGAGGCCAGGAAGUUCUUAAUGCGUCAGUGGGUGUGAUCUCGGCAGGAAGUGUUCCGAACAAUACAACAAAGUUUUAAGCUGUUCAGUGAACACGGUCGCCUCGUGGCCGACGUUUUACGGCAGUGGCGUCUUCUAUACGUAAGGCGAAUCAACGCUGCUGUAAAAAUAAUAAAACACUCAGACUUGUUGCAGGCCACUUUGGAGGUGUGAUCUGGGAGAGGUAGUACUAAAAUCAAGUUCCAGGAAGAGGAUGGCAGACAAGAAUGUGGAUCAUGGGCCGUGGACAGGAUGUGUGGUUAUGUUUCUGCAGUCGCUCUGUCCUGGCAUUAACCUGCUAUCGCUCUACAAAGAUCAACAGAAAAAGUUCUUUGUUUUCAAAGUCAUCAAGCUGACACUUAUAGACUCUGCAGGAGGUCUCAGUGGUUACGAGAUUCUGAAGGUCCAUGACGCUGAUCCCUUCCUGGGGGUGGAGGUGAAGUUUGUAGAUGUGGCAGCAUGCCAGCAGUUCCUGGAGAGCUAUGGCUCCGGAGCAGUGUGUCAGUCCCUCUCCCAGCAUGCCUGCCGCCUUCUUGCUCUGCCCCAGGAGUUCACGGUAGAAACUCAGCUCAAGGCCAGCACACACAUCCUGGAUCUCUAUCUGGACAGGCUGGAACUUUGUUUACAGCACAUCCACAUUUCACAGCCGUCGCGCCUUCGGGAUGAGGAGAUCGAUCGCCUGGAGCAGCAGCUGCAGAGUCAGACUCUCGGUUCUACACCACAGCCAACCACCAUCACUCAGGAAGAGUCUCCUGUGCCCAGCAACUGCUUCAAAUUUCAGAAUAGAGUGUUUGAGGACCGAAUGUUGACAGCAGCAGAUGUUCAGAGCUUUUCUAAUGGAGUGGGCCGUCAGUGGAAGUAUGUAGGCAGGGCCCUGGGGAAGAGUUGCCGGGCUCUGAAGGGUCCGGCCAUAGACAACCUGGCCUACGAGUAUGAGAGAGAAGGGCUGUAUGAACAAGCCUAUCAGCUGCUCAACCGCUUCAUCCAGGCGGAGGGGAGAGCGGCUAAGCUGAGCCGGCUGGUCAAAGCAUUGGAGGACUGCAAACUCACCAGCCUGGCUGAAAAUAUUCUGGACAUACAGCCAUGAAAGUAAAUCUGCAUGCUUGUGUUGUGUGUACGAGUCAUGAAAACUGAAGGGGACGGGCCCUCUUUGUAGGGGGGAGUGGUGCAUUUUGUCCUGCCUACUUUUAUAUACAGUAUGUUUGUUCUUGAUUGACCUCUGUCACUCUCACCUUAAAAUUCAUUCCUGAGUGUGUGUGAGGGUGUGUGCAUGUUUCAGAUAGACCGUAUGAACACAUGCUAAAAUCUCCAUGAGAACUGAGUGAUUCAUAUCUUGAUUUGCUUUUCAUUUAUUAGUGUUAUUGAUAAUUGUUUUCAUUUAGAUGAAAUGAUCACUGUUAAAAAAAUGCUGUCCUGAGUUUAAUGCACUGUUUAAACUGUUUUCAUUAUGUACCUUUUUUCUGCUUUAUACAUCAAUUUACAGAUAGAACCUGUGGGAUCUUGAUGCUAUCGAGUGCACCACUGAGGGUUAUUGUUUUUUAUAUAAAAUGGGUGCAUACAAAUUAAAUGGUUAUAAAAAAAAAAAGUCUUCAUGUUUGUGUUUGAUGCAUUAGUGUAAUUAAAACUGAAAGCAUAAUUUUGUCAAAAUUCCCUCAGGCAUACUUUGGUGUUAAUCCUCACUCCCAGCCUACCACCAUUCCCCGUCACUCACACGCACACACGUGCACAUGCUCAUAUGAUUAAACUGCUGAUUACUGAUGGCGCUGUUAA